UGUUGAAAAGGAUUGGAUUUGUUUUUCUCAGAACAAGGACCUGGAAUUGAUGUACAGAUAAAUAGCAUCUUUGUUGAAGUGGAUGUCGCUUGAAUUCUUUGAAAAUCUUUGGAGAAAACAGAAAGAAACUGAAACGGUUUUGAGUAAACUUCAGAUGUAAGGAUGGUGUGGAUAUCAUGAACCUGGACCAUCAUUGCUGCCAAGUCAGAAAAAGAUGUCAGAUGGUAAAAGAAUUUCCAUUUGACUUUGCUACCACUAUCAAGCAUAAAUGAAUUAAACCAGAAAAUUCCCCAUGGCUUCUUCAGAAGACUCUAUUGCUCUGAAUAAGGAAUUCCACCAGCACUGGAAGAAAAACGCUGCCUCCCCCCCAAAUUUUUAGCUUUCAACACAUAACUGAAAAACUCCCAGAAAGCUGAUCUAUCCAAGUUAAUCAUCACGGAGGAAUUGCAGUCUCAUUGAGUACUAAAGCAAAUCUUUCUUCUAUGUGAGCCAAAGAAAAGAAAAAACAACCUGUCAAAUACCUAUAAAGAGAUGGCUAUCAUCAUAUGGAAAUGUGAAGAACUGCUAUGUGGCACAUUCAUGAUCUAAAUGGGAAAGAAUUAAGUGUCAUGAUGUUCCAGAAGGCCUUAUAACAGAGUAAACAAGGGGGAAAAUUGUAACAGCUUGUCACCUGUUCCUGCACACUAGACUUCAGUGUAGUUACUGUAAAAAAUAUCCACGGAAAAUAUGCAGACAGUUCUUUGAAAAGCCCCAAAAUUAUGUGUAGGGGCUAAGACCAAAGAAGGAAAAAAGAAGCUUUUUUAUACUCACUCUCCACAACCCAUUGAUAAGUCUAUUAGAAGAGUAGCAGUUGAAUGUGAAUUUAUGUUUUGAACCAUCAUUUGGCAGAUAGUUGCUCUGGAAAGAAACAUGCCUGUCAAUGACACAUGUGCUGUGCCAGACAGAGACACUACAGAUUUUCGAUAUUUUAUCUAUGCAGUGACAUACACUAUAAUUCUUGUGCCAGGUCUCAUAGGGAACAUAUUAGCCUUGUGGGUAUUUUAUGGCUAUAUGAAAGAAACCAAAAGGGCUGUGAUAUUCAUGAUAAACUUAGCCAUUGCUGACUUACUACAAGUUCUCUCCCUGCCACUGAGGAUCUUUUACUACUUGAAUCAUGACUGGCCAUUUGGGCCUGGCCUCUGCAUGUUCUGUUUCUACCUGAAGUAUGUCAACAUGUAUGCAAGUAUCUACUUCUUGGUCUGCAUAAGUGUGCGACGAUUUUGGUUUCUCAUGUACCCCUUUCGCUUCCAUGACUGCAAACAGAAAUAUGACCUGUACAUCAGCAUCACUGGCUGGUUGAUCAUCUGCCUUGCCUGUCUGCUCUUUCCUCUCCUUAGAACCAGUGAUGAAACCCCAGGCAACAGAACAAAAUGCUUUGUAGGUCUUCCUACCAGGAAUGUCAAUCUGGUCCAUACUGUUGCCAUGAUAACCAUUGGUGAGCUGAUUGGGUUUGUCACUCCUCUUCUGAUUGUCCUGUACUGUACCUGGAAGACAGUUUUGUCACUGCAUGAUAAAUAUCCUGUAGUCCAAGAUCUUGGGGAGAAAAAGAAAGCCUUGAAGAUGAUUCUAACCUGUGCAGGAGUAUUCCUAAUUUGCUUUGCACCUUAUCACUUCAGCUUUCCUUUAGAUUUCCUGGUGAAGUCCAACAAAAUUCAAAGCUGCCUAGCCAGAAGGGUGAUUUUAAUAUUUCAUUCUGUUGCCCUCUGUCUUGCUAGUCUGAAUUCCUGUCUUGACCCAGUCAUAUACUACUUCACCACUAAUGAGUUCAGAAGACGACUUUCAAGACAAGAGAGCAUACAACUCCAUGGAAAAGCCUUGGUGAGCAACCAUAAGACUUCUACCCCGACACCUGAAUUAUGCUAAAUUAAAACAAAACCUUAAUGUGGCCUGAAAUACAACAUUAUCAGAACAUACUUUUAAUACUCCAAGCCACUGGAAAGUAAUCACAGGAAGCACUCACAGCUUUACAGUUAUGCUCUAACUUACCUAUAUGAAGAACUCACAUCUUUAUAACAGAACCUGUUUAGAGCAUUAUACUACACCAUUACUGUUCAUGACAUACCCAUGUAGUAAUUUGUUAUCAAGUCAGGAUUUAAACUAUAAAAAUUCAGUGGCAUUCUAUAUAUAUGCAGUCAAUUAGAGCUAGCAAUUUUAUCUGUGAACCUAAUACACAGAGAGACUAUUUACUUGGGCUCAUCAUAAGCACGUAGUUUUGCUGCAAUGGACACUAAGUCUUGGUACUUAGAGGUAAUGUUGUUAUCUAUUUAUUAGAGUAAUCAAAACUUAUAUUCAAAUAUAUUUUGAUUGUAUGCUAAGUAGAAUAAACAAUAUGUUAUUCUGUGAAAACAAAAUGUAUAAACAUGGGACCAUUUUUCUCUCUCAUGUGUGAUUAUACAGUAGGGUUUGAAGACUUAAAUAACUAUUUCCUACAUUUAAGUGUCAUUAUUAAAUAUCAUCUAACACACCUAUUUGUAAAAUGAAAAUUUGAACUCAAGCCUCUAGUAUGUUUAAAGUAAGAACAAGAAACAAAUUCACAUACAGUAAUCUCUAUGACUGUAUAAAAUGACAUAUUGAAUCUACCACAUCAGAUAGCUUGCCAAACUACAUACAAUGUGACCCAAAUUGCCUCUGUAGGUCCAGAAAACAGCAUAUAAGUGACAAUCACAGUUCCAGUUCUCUUAAACUAUUUCCAAAGGACACCUAUGGAAAUGUAUUGACCGGCCUAGUAGAGGGAGUUCCACCAUGCUUCUAGACUAACAUUGAAUAUCUCUGACAGGUUACUUCACUUUUUGAGCCUAUGAAAGUAGUGCACUAGUUAAUUACUAAGCUUAGGUCAGAGCAAAAAAGAGGAAGGGGUGGGUACACCUCUUAAAAAAUUCAUCACAUUGUUUUUUCUUAUUUUUUUAAGUGGUGACCGUCAAGCCACUUUCGCAAGCUGAAGGCAGCCAUGCAUGUAGACCCUUCAGUAACUUUUAUAGUCCAUCUUUGCCCCAGUCAUACCAUUGUGAGUCCUGCACAGACUACUUCCCAGAAGCUGGGGGAGGAGAUUCACCUUUUAUGGAAAAGUACAGAAGACCAAUUUUGGCAGCACUAGGCUCCCCUUACAAUUAUUUACCUGUUACCUCUUUAGUACUAGUACACAGGUAGCAUACCCAGGAUAAAAGUAGUAGUUAACUCUGAUGUCUUAAAUAUUACAGUACUUUGAAACAUAUUUUAGCAAAAAGUUCUAACUUAAAAAAUGAUGUACUUAAAAUAUGUGUGCUAUAUAAUAAAGACAUGUCUGGAAGGAAUGUGGAAACCAAACAAGGGCUCCAUAAUAUUUUUAUUAAAAAGGAGUUGUUUUAUGCACUUAAUUAUGAAUAUAAUAUGAUUGGAGGGGUAACUGGUAAAACCAAAAUAAUUUCUAAUAUCUGAGAUGAAAGGAAGAUUUUUCUAAUGUUUUCUCUGGACAUGUAUUGAUUUUGCUUGUACUUUAUUAUUAAAAUAA